AUGAAUACACCUAGCACAGGUAUCAUUUGGCCAAAUGCCUCUGUAAAACUCAUACGAAAAUCGGUAGCGAUGAGUAGCGAUAAUAAAUCCUUUAAGGAUUAUAGAACUUUCGUUGUGUUAAUAGUGUUACUCACGCAAAUAGUGCACAUAAAAGCCGAACGUAAACAAACUUUGCAAGAAAGAAGUUACCUAGUUAAUAUUGGUAAACCUAUAAGUGAUUCGUUUCGAACUGAAAAACUUAGUCGUAAUCAAUCAAAUGAAUAUGAUGACGGAGCACCAAAGCUAGCAGAGGCAGUUUAUUUUGCGGGAAAAAAUUCAUUGCCGACUCAUGAAGAAACUAAAUCUGGGGAUGGAACUACCGUAGAAGAUUCAACUCCCAUUCCCAACGAAACUACAACAGCUGCCCAGGACACAACGAAUGAGCCUGAAGAUACCACUAAGAUCGACGAUGCUACGACUGUUCCAGAAGAAACUACAACAGCUGGAUCUGGGGAUGGUACUACCGUAGAAGAUUCGACUCCCAUUCCCAACGAAACUACAACAGCUGCCCAGGUCACAACGAAUGAGCCUGAAGAUACCACUAAGAUCGACGAUGCUACGACUCUUCCAGACGAAACCUCUACAGCUGGAUCUGGGGAUGCUACUACCGUAGGUUCAACUCCCUUCCACGAAACUACAACAGCUGCCCAGGACACAACGAAUGAGCCUGAAGAUACCACUAAGAUCGACGAUGCUACGACUGUUCCAGAAGAAACUACUACAGCUGGAUCUGGGGAUGGUACUACCGUAGAAGAUUCGACUCCCAUUCCCAACGAAACUACAACAGCUGCCCAGGACACAACGAAUGAGCCUGAAGAUACCACUAAGAUCGACGAUGCUACGACUGUUCCAGAAGAAACUACUACAGCUGGAUCUGGGGAUGGUACUACCGUAGAAGAUUCGACUCCCAUUCCCAACGAAACUACAACAGCUGCCCAGGACACAACGAAUGAGCCUGAAGAUACCACUAAGAUCGACGAUGCUACGACUGUUCCAGAAGAAACUUCUACAGCUGGAUCUGGGGAUGGUACUACCGUAGAAAAUACAACAGCUGCCCAGGACACAACGAAUGAGCCUGAAGAUACCACUAAGAUCGACGAUGCUACGACUGUUCCAGAAGAAACUACUACAGCUGGAUCUGGGGAUGGUACUACCGUAGAAGAUUCAACUUCCAUUCCCAACGAAACUACAACAGCUGCCCAGGACACCACGAAUGAGCCUGAAGAUACCACUAAGAUCGACGAUGCUACGACUGUUCCAGAAGAAACUUCUACAGCUGGAUCUGGGGAUGGUAUUACCGUAGAAGAUUCAACUCCCAUUCCCAAAAUACAACAGCUGCCCAGGACACCAACGAAUGAGCCUGAAGAUACCACUAAGAUCGACGAUGCUACGACUGUUCCAGAAGAAACUACUACAGCUGGAUCUGGGGAUGGUACUACCGUAGAAGAUUCAACUCCCAUUCCCAACGAAACUACAACAGCUGCCCAGGACACCACGAAUGAGCCUGAAGAUACCACUAAGAUCGACGAUGCUACGACUCUUCCAGACGAAACCUCUACAGCUGGAUCUGGAGAUGGUACUACGGUAGAAGAUUCAACUUCCAUUCCCAACGAAACUACAACAGCUGCCCAGGACACCACGAAUGAGCCUGAAGAUACCACUAAGAUCGACGAUGCUACGACUGUUCCAGAAGAAACUACUACAGCUGGAUCUGGGGAUGGUACUACCGUAGAAGAUUCAACACCCAUUCCCGACGAAACUACAACAGCUGCCCAGGACACCACGAAUGAGCCUGAAGAUACCACUAAGAUCGACGAUGCUACGACUGUUCCAGAAGAAACUACUACAGCUGGAUCUGGGGAUGGUACUACCGUAGAAGAUUCAACACCCAUUCCCGACGAAACUACAACAGCUGCCCAGGACACAACGAAUGAGCCUGAAGAUACCACUAAGAUCGACGAUGCUACGUCUGUUCCAGAAGAAACUUCUACAGCUGCCCAGGACACAACGAAUGAGCCUGAAGAUACCACUAAGAUCGACGAUGCUACGACUGUUCCAGAAGAAACUACUACAGCUGGAUCUGGGGAUGGUACUACCGUAGAAGAUUCAACACCCAUUCCCGACGAAACUACAACAGCUGCCCAGGACACAACGAAUGAGCCUGAAGAUACCACUAAGAUCGACGAAGCUACGACUCUUCCAGACGAAACUACUACAGCUGGAUCUGGGGAUGGUACGACCGUAGAAGAUUCAACUCCCAUUCCCAAUGAAACUACAACAGCUGCCCAGGACACAACGAAUGAGCCUGAAGAUACCACUAAGAUCGACGAUGCUACGACUCUUCCAGACGAAACCUCUACAGCUGGAUCUGGGGAUGCUACUACCGUAGAAACUACAACAGCUGCCCAGGACACAACGAAUGAGCCUGAAGAUACCACUAAGAUCGACGAUGCUACGACUGUUCCAGAAGAAACUACUACAGCUGGAUCUGGGGAUGGUACUACCGUAGAAGAUUCAACUCCCAUUCCCAGCGAAACUACAACAGCUGCCCAGGACACAACGAAUGAGCCUGAAGAUACCACUAAGAUCGACGAUGCUACGACUGUUCCAGAAGAAACUACAACAGCUGGAUCUGGGGAUGGUACUACCGUAAGAUUCAACGAAGAUUCAACUCCCAUUCCCAGCGAAACUACAACAGCUGCCCAGGACACAACGAAUGAGCCUGAAGAUACCACUAAGAUCGACGAUGCUACGACUGUUCCAGAAGAAACUACAACAGCUGGAUCUGGGGAUGGUACUACCGUAGAAAAUACAACAGCUGCCCAGGACACAACGAAUGAGCCUGAAGAUACCACUAAGAUCGACGAUGCUACGACUGUUCCAGAAGAAACUACUACAGCUGGAUCUGGGGAUGGUACUACCGUAGAAGAUUCAACUCCCAUUCCCAGCGAAACUACAACAGCUGCCCAGGACACCACGAAUGAGCCUGAAGAUACCACUAAGAUCGACGAUGCUACGACUGUUCCAGAAGAAACUACUACAGCUGGAUCUGGGGAUGGUACUACCGUAGAAGAUUCAACUCCCAUUCCCAACGAAACUACAACAGCUGCCCAGGACACAACGAAUGAGCCUGAAGAUACCACUAAGAUCGACGAUGCUACGACUGUUCCAGAAGAAACUACUACAGCUGGAUCUGGGGAUGGUACUACCGUAGAAGAUUCGACUCCCAUUCCCAACGAAACUACAACAGCUGCCCAGGACACAACGAAUGAGCCUGAAGAUACCACUAAGAUCGACGAUGCUACGACUCUUCCAGACGAAACCACUACAGCUGGAUCUGGGGAUGGUACUACCGUAGAAGAUUCAACUCCCAUUCCCAACGAAACUACAACAGCUGCCCAGGACACAACGAAUGAGCCUGAAGAUACCACUAAGAUCGACGAUGCUACGACUGUUCCAGAAGAAACUACUACAGCUGGAUCUGGGGAUGGUACUACCGUAGAAGAUUCAACUCCCAUUCCCAACGAAACUACAACAGCUGCCCAGGACACAACGAAUGAGCCUGAAGAUACCACUAAGAUCGACGAUGCUACGACUGUUCCAGAAGAAACUUCUACAGCUGGAUCUGGGGAUGGUACUACCGUAGAAGAUUCAACUCCCAUUCCCAGCGAAACUACAACAGCUGCCCAGGACACCACGAAUGAGCCUGAAGAUGCUACGACUCUUCCAAACGAAACUACUACAACAGGAUCUGGGGAUGGUACUACCGUAGAAGAUUCAACUCCCAUUCCCAACGAAACUACAACAGCUGCCCAGGACACAACGAAUGAGCCUGAAGAUACCACUAAGAUCGACGAUGCUACGACUCUUCCAGAAGAAACUACUACUGCUGGAUCUGGGGAUGGUACUACCGUAGAAGAUUCAACUCCCAUUUCCGACGAAACUACAACAGCUGCCCAGGACACAACGAAUAAGCCUGAAGAUACCACUAAGAUCGACGAAGCUACGACUCUUCCAGACGAAUCUACCACACCAGGAUCUGGGGAUGACUCUUCAACUGUUCCAAACGAAACUUCUACAGCUACACCCAAAGACAGCACAACGACAUCUGAAGGAAGUACUACUAUUAGUCAGACUACGACUAAUACUCCGGAAGACAGCUCAACGGUAGACAGUUCUACAAAACAUCCUGUUGAAAGCAGCACUUCUGGACAAGAUACCACUAAAAAGCCGGAAGAAAAUACUACUCCCGGACUGGAUCCUACAUACAAACCUGGAGAAAGUACCACAGUAGAGGAUUCCACGUCGACUCCAGAUACAAGUAGUUCGACACCGUCUAUUCCGAGUUCACCAAGCACUGGAAUCUCAACAACUUCUAUUCCUGACGUUACCACUUCAACUUUAUCACCGCCGGAUUGCAGUAGCGGCGCUGAAUAUUUACCCCAUCAAACAAAUUGCCAACAAUUUAUUCACUGUAGUAAUGGAAUCCCGUAUAUAAAGAAUUGUCCACCUACUCUUUAUUGGGACUACCAGAACUUAUACUGCAGUCUAGAUGCAAAUGUUUGCUACAACGAUGAAGAAAAUAAGAGACCUGAGGAAAAAGUUUGCGGCCCCGGUGAUGAUUAUCUUGCACACCCAAGCGACUGUACAAAAUUUAUUCAAUGUGGUAACGGACAGGCAUUUGAGAAAAAAUGUCCCGAUACUCUCUAUUGGAACCAGGCCAUAAAAAGCUGUGAUUGGUCAAAUGUGAACUGCAAAUAAGUACGAGCCAAAGAGUCGAAGGUUUUCACAUAAGAGUGCAUUCUUCGUUAGACCUUCCAUAGAAAAUAUUAAGUCCUUGGAAUUAAUAAAAAGAUAUGUGAAAUAAAUAGUAUGGUUAUUAUAAAUGUAUUUAUUCUUUUAGGAUUACGUUCU